AAACGAUCCGCCUUCUCGACGACGAGCAGCCAGAGAUAUUGACAACUCGUCUAGAUGUGAACACAGCCUAUCACUCCCACCACAUGGCCAAGAUCGGACACAUAUUCGAAGAAAUGAUCCGCGGUCGAGCUCCAGCUUGUACACCGCAGAUUCCAAUGUACUCCACUGUGCUGGGUCGACCUCUCACUGAACAUGAUCAGUUAGACAGCAGGUAUUGGAGGAACAACCUCGAACUGCCCGUCCUCUUCUCAACAACAAUCAAGAAGGUGCUCAAUGAUCUGCAGAACCAGACUAUGUGUCUCGCAGAGAUAGGACCCCACUGUCCACUUGCUGGCCCUCUCCGACAGAUAAUCCAAGAUGCAGAGGCGAGGCCUAAACCAAGCUACGUGCCCACCCUGUGCAAGAACCAGCACCAGUCAAUGAACAUCGUCCAAUCGGCGGGACGCAUGUUUCUCAACGGCAUCAAGGUGUCCUUCUCUGCUCUCAAUGGGCCAGGGACUGUAUUGUUGGACCUACCGCCCUAUCCAUGGGAUUAUAGUAGAAAGCAGUGGGUCGAAAGCCGGGUCACAAAGGGAUGGCGCAUGCGUCAGCAUGGCUACCAUGAGCUGCUCGGAUCUCGAGUCCUGGAGUCAAACGACCUGGAGCCGUCGUGGCGGAACAUACUUCGACUUGAAGAUAGCCCCUGGCUCUCCGAUCAUCAGCUCUCCGGCUGCAUCGUGUAUCCCAGCGCCGGGCAUAUCGCCGCAGUGGGCGAAGCAAUCCGUCAGAUAUCCGGAGCCCCUCGAUACAUGAUUCGGAACAUGUUCGUCAAGAAAGCGCUGAUCUUGGACGCGCAGGAUGACGUAGAGCUGAUGACAAGCCUGCGUCCGGUGACGCUGACCGACGUGCUGGACUCAGACUGGUAUCAGUUUACCGUUUACUCAUACAACGGCACGGAAUGGCACAAGCACUGCACUGGGCAAGUCACCGCAGUGCAUGAUCCUGUGCCGGCCGGCGAGCCGGCCCCGCCAUUCUUGCGCCCCGUCGAUAUGGGUCUGCAAUACCGCUCCUUACGUGAGCUGGGGCUCGAUUACGGACCGCAUUUCCAGGGCCUUGACGGCGUCACGGCCGACCCUAUCUCUCACACAGCGCGAGGGAGAAUCACCGCCCAAGAGCCUUUGGAACAAAUCGAUGCUUAUUCGGUCCACCCUACUAUCAUCGAUAAAGGAUUGCAGUUGAUGAGCGUAGCGGCCACGCGAGGACUCGCUCGACACCUGGAUCAGGUCGCGAUUCCAGUCUUCCUUGACAAGGUCUACUGCGGUUGCGGGGACCCCGGGGAACUGCGCGCGCAGGCAGUGUGUCGGACGGCUGCGCAAGGCAAUUUCGUGGGGGACAGUCUUGUCGUCGGAGCCACGGAGGUGACUCUGGAUAUCCAGGGCGUCAAAGCUUUCGGUGUGGAGGCUGACGAUCAUGACAAUGGCUCGAAUGGCCGCCUGCGAUCCGCUCGAGUUGACUGGCAGCCGGAUAUCGAGUUUGUCUCAUCGCUGGCUGACCUGUUGCCUCCGGCUUCCCCGCGAAUGGAAGCCGAGCUCCACAUGAUAGAGCAGAUUUGUACGUUACAAAUCAUGAUAACGUACCGCUCGAUCCAGAACAUCACCCCAACGGCUCCCUACCUCCUGAAAUACAAGCAAUGGCUAGCGCAGUGCUUGGAGAAAUUCCAGCAUGGCAAGCAUGCUCUAGUGCCGGAGACUCGGGAGUGGAUGGCAAUGGAUUCGGAGCAACAAGAAUCGCUGCAUGCGUCUCUAUCAAGUCGGGCGCAAAAGGCCUUUCAAAGUGAGGUUUUCACAAUCAUGCAUCGUUUCUUCAACCGCAUCACAGCAAGUGUGGAAGAUAUCUUCCGCGGGAAAGUAUCCAUGGUUGAAACCAUAAUGGCCAACAAUGACCUUGAGCUGUUCUACAAUAUUAUAUCGCAUCCAUCCCAUUACAGGCCUUUCCUUUGCGAUCUUGGACGCUCGCGACCACACAUGCGCGUCCUCGAAAUAGGCGCAGGGACUGGUGGUAUGACAGCGUCAACUCUUGAAUGUUUGGAGACUGCGGACGGUGCUAAGAUGUUUUCCGAAUACGUCUUUACCGAUAUCUCACCGGGGUUCUUCUCCGCCGGACGGGAGCGAUUCAAGAAUAUUCCGAGAAUGACAUUUAGGGCCCUUGAUAUCACCCGCGACCCCGUCGAGCAGGGCUUCAGCGCGGCCUCUUUCGAUCUGAUUGUCUGCUCCAACGUACUGCACGCCACUCCGAGAUUACAAACAACCCUGUCCAAUGUUCGUCAGUUGUUGGUCCCGGGGGGUUAUCUAUUCUUGCAGGAACUGUGUCCAGAAACAUCCUUGAUCGAUGGCAUCAUGGGCUUGCUAGAAGGCUGGUGGGUCGGUGAAAAGGAAGGCCGUGUGGACCAUCCAUACAUCUCCCCCUCCAGGUGGGAUGAGGAGCUACGAAUGGCCGGCUUUACUGGCGCCGAGGCUAUGGCGUAUGAUAACACGCAGCCGUACCAGUUCAACGCCAACAUCAUAUCGCGACUCGCUUCGGACGAGCCCACUGGAGAGCACAUCAGCCUUCUGCAUGACGGACCUAUCACAGAAUCGGCUCGGUCUAUCGAGAAUGUGUUCCUGCAACAAGGAUACUCGGUGGACUGGUGUACUUUGGAGUCCCCGGCCUGCGGGAAUAUCGUGUCGCUGCUUGACCUAGACUUCCCGUUCUUUGAUGGCAUUUCGCAGCGUUCCUUCAAUCUCUUUCGGGACUUCAUCAGCCGGGCAGCACCUAAAACUAUACUGUGGGUGACACGGCGCACCCAGAUGGAGUGUGAAGAUCCUCGGUGGGGCCAAACCCUCGCCGUGGCCCGUUCAAUUCGAUUGGAAUCAUCCAUCCCGUUUGCAACCGUCGAGAUGGAUCCACCGAGCCAACCGCCGUCACAUCUUCUCGUUAAGGUGUACCAAAAGUUUCAGUCGCGCCUCUCGUCUGGGUCGGAGCCAGAUUACGAAUACUCCAUACAAGGUGACUCUGUCUACACAUGUCGGUAUCAAAUCGCGGACCUGUCGGAGCGAGCGGCCACACUCAGGUGCCCCAGUGUCGCAAAGAGGCUGUCUAUUGGAAAUACAGGCUUGUUGGACACCCUACAUUGGGUGCAGGAUGAGCCUCGGCUACCAGGCCCCGGCGAAGUUGAGAUUGAGGUGCAAUACGUCGCCCUGAACUUCAAGGACAUGAUGGUUGCCAUGGGGUUUGUCGGGCAGAAAGACGAUCUGGGCUAUGAAGCUUCUGGGAUCGUCCGUAGAGUUGGCCCUGGUCCGCACGCUCAGGUCCUUCGUGUCGGUGAUCGGGUUUCCGCUGUCGGGGACUCGGUGCUCCGUACAACGGUAGUAAUUAGGAGCAUCCAAUGUUUCAAAAUUCCCGCAAGGCUAUCCCUGGAUAGUGCAGUGACCAUACCAUGCGUAUACGCGACGGCCGUAUACUGCCUCUUGACCCUUGGACGUUUGGAAAGUGGACAGUCCGUCCUAGUACAUUCAGCAUGCGGUGGAGUGGGACUGGCGGCGAUUCAAGUCUGUCAAAUGAUGGGUGCAGAGAUCUUCGCCACUGUCGGAAGUGAGGUCAAGGCCCAGUAUCUUGUCGACAACCACCAUAUUCCGCGAGAUCGAAUCUUCAACUCCAGGAAUCCUAGUUUCAAGGAAGAUGUCCUCCGGGUGACAGGGGGCCGUGGCGUUGAUACCGUGCUAAACUCCCUCUCUGGAGAAUGCCUGCAUGCGUCGUGGGAGUGCGUCGCGGAGUUCGGGACUAUGAUUGAAAUCGGUAAGCGAGACAUGAUGGGGCAUGGGACAUUGAGGAUGGAUCACUUCCAGGGUAAUCGCUCUUUCGUCGGCUUUGAUCUGCACCACCUGGGCCUGCAAAGUGCAGAAAAAUUCCACCGUACCAUGCAACAAGUCCUCGGAUAUAUCGAGCGAGGACUGAUCAAGCCUAUCGAGCCGAAGACUAUUUUCGAGGCCCACGAGGUGGAGGUCGCGUUCAGGUACAUGCAGACCGGUGAGCAUAUGGGCAAGAUCCUCAUCCGAUUUCCCGAGGACCCGGGCCGGCUUCCAUUAUCCAGGGGCGAGGACCGCCUUUCGCUCUCACCCGAGGUAUCGUAUCUCCUGAUUGGGGGGCUAGGGGGGCUUGGUCAGGCUGUAUCCCGGUGGAUGGUUGAGUGCGGAGCACGAAGCUUAGUGUUUCUUUCUCGGUCUGCCGGUCAGUCCGCCGAAAUUGACGUUUUCCGUCGCGAGCUCAAGGCCAUGGGGUGCUCGAUCACCGCGGUGCCCGGGGAUGUUGCCGAUCCUGACGACGUCAGGCGGGCCCUCGACGCAUGUCCGCAACCUGUCGCGGGGGUGAUACAGAUGGCGAUGGUUCUGAAGGAUCAAACGCUUGACAAGAUGACGUACGAUGAAUGGAUGAGUGCCAUCUCGCCCAAGGUCGAAGGCACCUGGAAUUUGUAUCGCGCUCUGCAGGAACACCAACUGGAUUUCUUCGUGUUGUUCGGGUCCCUGGUCGGCCACUUGGCCAACGUGGGGCAAGCCAACUAUGGCGCGGCCAAUUGCUUCCAUGGGGCCUUCGCUAGAUACAGCCGAGCUCGGGGGUUCCCUAGCGCGGUGCUCGACUUGGGUGUCGUGAAGGACAUCGGGUAUGUCAGUGGCCGGCCGGACCUCCUGCAGCGGUGCGUGGACGCUUCGAUGGACCCCCUCGGGGAAGGACAGCUUGUUCGUGCCUUGCAGGCUGCUAUCGUUCAGGCGCGAACCCCCGUCCGCUCAGAACAAAGCGAGGACUUCAGUUCUGUGAUCGUUGGCCUGCAGCAACUGACCAACGCGGAUUUGCGAGCCACAUACCAGAGUGAACUCCGCCUUGCGCUCUUCAAGGAGGCCGACAUCCGACACGAGAGUGGGGUAUCAUCCCAGAAGGAUGUCAUCAACCAAUUCGCUGCCGAGGCGGAACGCGACCCAUCCAUCCUGCACCUUCCGGUCUCCCUGGAACUCAUGACACUGGAGAUUGCUCGUCUCGUCCGCGCGGGGGUCGGGGAGGAGCCCAUCGAGGCGGCGGCGGAAAUACCGAUUGACUCGAUGAUGACGAUCGAAAUCCGGAGCUGGCUGCGGAAACGGCUUAACAUCGACGUUCCAGCGAUGAAGAUCGCCAAGGGGAAGAAUAUUGGGGGGUUGAGCAAGUUUGUUCUUGAGGCAAUCGAUGAAAAGCUUCGUCUCAAGGGCGUUGGCACUGGGCAGAUUGCUCGCGAAUGAUUGGACCAUCGGUGCAACUCUGGUGGGAUCAAGGGCAGGACACUGUCAGGCAAGCGACAACCGCCUUUGCGAGCCUUCAGUUUGGGGGGAGUGACCUUGCAUGAUCGAGAUGGACAUUAUGUAACCUGUUAGGAUAUCAUAUAUAUCAAGCCCGACUAAUAUCCUUUUCCGGUAUUUUGGUGCAGUGGCGGAG